ACGCCGCCACUUCCCGCCACAUCCGGUCCCAGGUGCGCCACGUGGACGUCGGCGGGCAUAAACCCUGGCGGCAGCAGCACGAAUGACGCCGUGCCCCUCCUCCUUCGAAGCAGACAGCAGACGCGCAGCGAGCGGCUCCGUUUAGCCCGUUCAGUAUUCGGUGAUUGCUGUGUCCUCUUCAAAGAAAUCGGCGAGUCAUGUCGUCUCCUCGGGUCGCAGUGGUUACAGGUAGCAACAAGGGCAUAGGAUUCUGCAUAGUGAAGUUCCUGUGUCAACAGUUUGAAGGAGAUGUCUUCCUCACAGCCAGGGACGAGAAGCGUGGCAAAGCAGCAGUGGCAGAGCUCAACAAGCACUUGCUGCGCCCGAAGUUUCACCAGCUUGACAUCGACGACAUCGAGAGCAUCCGCAGAUUUCGUGACUUCCUCAAGAGCGAGUACGGAGGCUUGGAUGUGCUCGUGAACAACGCCGGCAUGGCUUACAAGCAAGACUCUACAGCGCCGGUUGCCGAACAAGCAGAGGUUACCGUGAAGACGAACUUCUUUGGGACUCUCAACGUCUGCAAGGAACUCUUUCCCUUGCUCCGCCCGCACGCGAGAGUGGUUAACGUAAGCAGCCUGUGUGGCAUGCUUCAGAGAAUUCCAGGAGAAGAACUCAAAAAGAAGUUUAGCAACCCCGAGAUUACUGUGGAAGAGCUCUGCGGCCUCAUGAAUGACUAUGUGCAGGCCGCUAAGGAUGGAACGAAUGUCGAGAAAGGUUGGGGCCAGUCGUCUUACAACGUGUCCAAAGUUGGAGUCACUGUGUUGACCUUCAUCCAGCAGCGGGAAUUCAACGCAGACCCUCGUGAGGACAUGGUUGUCAAUGCAGUGCAUCCAGGAUAUGUGGACACUGACAUGUCCAGCCACAAGGGGCCCUUAACACCUGAACAAGGUGCCGAUGCUGCAACCUACUUGGCUCUCCUGCCUCCGAACAUCCAGUCACCCAAAGGAGAGUUUGUCUGGCAUGACCGCGCAAUUACCCCAUGGGACAAGUAAACGAAGAAGCCGUCAAGGCACUGCUAUCUCCUUGGGCACUACCACUAAUUUUGUAUGCCUCCUACCUCCGAAAAAAAAUAAAACAACAAAGCUAGCAAGAGCGUGCACAGAUUACCGAUAUUGAAGAAAAGGGCGACCUGUAUUUUAUUGCAAAUAAACUUUUAUUUGUUGA